AUGGCGAAUUCUGUUGCACUCCUACACCUUGGAAUACCCAACAGCGUCGAGGUAGAGGUUGUUGAGUACCCAGCCGAGAAAUUCCCAGAGCUUGCCGCUUCCCUGCAUCAACCCCAUGAUGAUACUAUCAACGCGACAAUCACAUGCAUACGCGUGUGGUUUCAGGACCGGAGGGUCCAAACCCUGAAGAGUCUGUUGGAGGAGAAGGAUGAGCAGUUGCAGGAAGCAAGAUGGAAGGAGGAGAGCCACGCGGAAGUCUUGCAAGAUUGGACGGUGCAGAUGAAGGAGCUCGAGAAGGCAAACGAGGACUUGCAGGUACAAGCCGCGAUGGCGAGAAAAGCGUUGCAGGAACAGGCGGAGGAGGCGGAACGGUACCGGGAGUCUGUACAGGCCGGGCAAAGAAAUCUUGAGAUUGGACUAGACACAUCUCGCCGUAUUGUCGCGAACGUGGAAUUAGAGCGGUCAGUCCUGCUAAGAAAGGUUGAUGAACUAACGAGCCAAAACCAAGAGCUUGCCAGAGCCUUUUUGAGCCAAAGAGGACGCCGUCUUUCAAUGGAUGAAGAUGCUCAGUCGGAGGAGCCACCUGACAGGCCCGGCAGCGACCUCCCUUCGAGGCUCGAAAACGAAACCUUGAGGACUUCACUCAGCCAUGCUCAGAGAAUGAUUCAAAAUCUCAGGACCAAUAUACACCGGGAAAAGACAGAGAAGCUCGAGUUAAAACGCUGGCUGCAAGAUGCGCGCGACCAACUUGAGCCUGAGCGCUCGGCCGUUGAUAACGCAUGA